AUGGCUGCGACUGCGAUCACGCCUGCUCAGGCGGAGCUCAUCAGCUCUCUGACCCAGGACGAGGUGCCUAUCAAGCUGCGCUGCGCCAUCUGCAGCAAGCUGGCAGUGAAUGCCUAUAAGCUGCCAUGUUGCGAACAGGCGAUUUGCGAGACCUGUCAUUCUACCCUCCCGUCGUCUUGCCCCGUCUGCGAGCACUCGCCGCUCUCUGCCUCGGACUGCAACCCCAACAAGGCUCUUCGUACAACGAUUAGAGUUUUCUUGAAGACCGAGGAGAAGAAGCGUGGAAUCGGCCAGCCGAAGGAGAAGGAUGCGACGCCUGUUACGCCAGUGGAGCCGAAGGAUGUAACACCAUCUGUUAUUCCUGAGAAAGUUGGCGAGAUUGUCGAGGUCACGGAUGCAGCAGAUGCUUCCCAAAGCCAAGAUGAUCAUGCCCUAGCUGCGCCAUCUGAGGAAUUGAAGGGAACUCCUGUGGUGGAAGAGGCCAUAGACGCAAAUACCUCAAGCGACGCAAAGGAUGCGCCUUCCCAGGGGUAUGCGCCUGACAGUUCCGGCGAUGCUGAAAACACGCAGAUAGUCGAACAUGAAGGAGGCGAUCUCGCUGCUGAAGAACACAAAACGGUCCAGGUCGGGGAGGCACACGACAACGAUGAGGAGGCCGAAAAUGACGGUCAGCCGGGAGGAGACUCUUCUAAUAGUUUCGGGUUUGAUGCUGCCAACGGGGGUUUCCCAAACAUGAACUUUGGCAACGGAGAUUUCAACCAAAUGCAAAUGAUGAUGGCUAUGCAGAACGGGAUGGGGCCAAACAAUUUUGGCGGCUUCCCGAUGAUGGCUGGAAUGUCUGGCAUGAUGGAUCCCAUGAUGAUGCAGAACAUGUACAUGAACGGUGGCUUCGGAUCACAAGGCAUGGGCAUGAACGGCAUGAUGGGCAUGGGAGGCUUCAACGGUGGUGUUGGCUCAGGCUCCGAUAAUAACUGGAACGAUCAACAGUCAUGGAAUGUCGGCCAAGAUAAUUUCAAUCAACCAAAUGCUUCUGGCAUGGGCAACGGUGAUUAUGGAAACUUUAACUCGGGCUUCCAAACAGGCUAUAAUCAAGGUAAUUUUGGACAUCACAACCAAUUCAAUGACUACCGCGGAAAUCGCUUUGGCUACGGACGUGGACGUGGCCGUGGCCGAGGAGGAUACGGAUAUGGCCGUGGUGGCUACGGCUACGGCAUGAACGGCAACUAUGGCGGCCAGAACUACAUGUCCCAACAGUAUUCUGCUGGCACGGGCGGUCAAACCCCGAAUGAUUCACAGACUCCCGGAGUUGUAUCAGGUGAUACCAACCAGGCUGAUGGCGUGGAUGAAUAUGGCCGAACUCUACGUCCUGACGAUGGAGAAGCUGGGGAUUCUGAGAACGCGGCUGCAAAUGAGACUGGCGACAAGGGAGCUGGCCAGGAACAGGCUGAAGGGACGGGAGGAACUGAUAAGACGUCAGGCGAUGAUGGCUUAGCUGAAGGUGCAGCAAAGCCGAUCCCGGCCCUUGGUGAUACAGGUUCUGCAUCUAAUGGGGGUAUCACAUUCCAGGAGAGAGUACUCAAAGCCCCAAGUCUGUCACGCCGGCCGUAG